AUGAGUUUAGAUGUCGAGAGACUUGCUAUUUACCUUAACGCUACGAUUGUCUACAUAACUAAGUUCAACACGCUUGGCUGUGUCGAAUGCGGGUCUGAUGUUGACGAUGAGCAAGAAUGGGAGGAGGCGUCUCUUGACGGCGUCGGCUCCAUAGCCAUCCACAACAACAGUCGCAUUGCUAGCCUUUCAAGGGAUUCUAAAACUCUUAUAUUCUACCAGACUCCUGCAGGUUCUAUUGGGAGCAUUAUGUAUGAUAGUGGAGAGAAGAAGUGGGCGCAUCGAGAAACAACUGAGGCUGCCCCCGCAGCAGCACCUGGCACCCCUGUGUUUGCCCUGCGACUGACGGACGCUUUUGGGUUGUUUUACCUUUCUGAUGAUCGGAAUAUUUGCGGUUUGCUUCAGAAAUACGAUAACAGCGGUUGUCAAAAAUGGAAGUUGACCCUGGCGCCAGAGCUUGCAUUCAACAACUCACUGUUUGAGGGCGAGGUCGAUAACUUCAUAAUUCUGCCUAAUGAUCAAGCAGACGGUUUUGAGGCCUAUGUUCGCGCAGCCAAUGACCUUGUUCACAUAACCAGCACCGGCGAAAGGUCCAACUUAGGUAAAUGGGCCGCUGUAGGAUUCAUCCCCGACAGUGAUGCGGAACGUGGAAAGCGUAUUCGUCCAGGGCUCUACACCCUUGGCGGCCAUGCAUCAUCCAAAUCUCAUUAUGCAUCCGACAAGAUAUGUAUUCAGACUUUGUCUCUAAGCUAUGAAACCCUCUAA